CCGGCAGGAAUAACGACUUCCAUUAUUCGAAUCAUCCACCACUUUUUCACCAUCUUCUUAUUCUCAUCUCAGAUUCCCCUUCAGCAGACUACGGUAGUAGGCGCUACUACUCGGCAACAUCAAAUUCGCUGCUCUUUUUGGUCUUUCGAGGAACAAUUGGACUCUAGAGAGUCUGCCUCCCGCCCCUCCAGAGCGCAACCAUGGCAGCUGCCCAGGUCAUAUCAAAUUCCGGUCACGAUGACAUGAUUCACGAUGCUGUCCUCGAUUACUACGGCCGACGCCUCGCGACAUGCUCAAGCGACCGCACCAUCAAGAUCUUCGAGGUUGAAGGCGACUCGCAACGCCUCCUAGAGACACUAAAAGGACACGAGGGCGCGGUGUGGUGCGUUUCAUGGGCGCACCCCAAGUACGGCAACAUCCUGGCCUCGGCGGGCUACGACGGCAAGGUGCUCAUCUGGCGGGAGCAGAACGGGUGGCAGAAGAUCUUCGACUUUGCGCUGCACAAGGCGUCCGUCAACAUCGUCUCAUGGGCGCCGCACGAGGCCGGCUGCCUGCUCGCCUGCGCCUCCUCGGACGGCAACGUCAGCGUGCUCGAGUUCCGCGACUCCAACUACGACCACACCAUCUUCCCCGCCCACGGCCUCGGCGUCAACUCGGUCUCGUGGGCGCCCGCCCCGGCCCCCGGCAGCAUCGUCUCCGGGGGCGCGCCUCCCCCCCCCGCCGCCGGAGCCUCGCCCCGCCGCUUCGUCACGGGCGGGUGCGACAACCUCGUCAAGAUUUGGGCCUUCGAUCCCGCCUCGCAGUCGUACAAGCUCGAGGGCGAGCCGCUCACCGGCCACACCGAUUGGGUGCGCGACGUGUCGUGGUCGCCCACCGUGCUGCAAAAGUCGUACAUCGCGUCAGCGUCCCAGGACAAGACGGUCCGCAUCUGGACGUCGGAUUCCUCUUCGCAGGGUCAGUGGAACUGCAAGGUGCUGAACUUUGACACCUCUGUCUGGCGUGUGAGCUGGUCUCUCAGCGGAAACGUCCUCGCCGUCAGCGGCGAGGACAAUAAGGUCACUCUGUGGAAGGAAAAUCUCAGGGGGGAGUGGCAAUGCGUGAAGACUCUUGAGGAGUAAACGAGGAGGCGAAACGGGGUGAAUCGGGAAAUAUCUUCGGUAGAAAAGGGAGGAAGUGCACAUUACAUGAGCAGGGCGUUUUUGGCAGCAGUCUAGGCUUGUUGUUAUUAUCCCGGGUAAUGACAGACGUGGCUCAGGUUCUAAAAGCGGAAGAAGAAAUCAUGGCAUUGGCUGCCUUUGCUUUUUCCACAAUCUCGGAAUGCCCAAGUCUCACGAGAUCACGCCAAUAUUCAACUUGAACCCUU